GGGGCAGCCGUGGCCGCCCAGCACAAUGGCACCCAGGCCGCGCUGCACCUGGCCCAUGUUGAUCCACUUCAUCACCUCCCGGAUCGAAGAGCGCUUCCGGCCGAGGCGCAUCGCAUGCCAGACCGUGGGCAGUCUGCACCACUGGGCCAUCUCGCCCAGCGCAUCCAGGGAGAUGCUGCGCUCGCGGUUCGACCACCGGUGGGCGUCCGCCUUCACGCCAGCGCUCACCAGCCGCCGUCUGUCCGUCAAUUUGCGCCAAUACAGGGACGGCCAGCGCGCGCUGGCGGACUUGUUGGAGGUGGAGUCCACGAUGAGGUUGUUCCUCGGGUGGAACUGCGCGGCGAUCCCCAGGAGGGUUGGAGGGUAGGAACUUGAGGACUGGACAUGCGAAUCGUCGAUUUGUGGGGGCUUGCCGGGCCGGUCCUGCUGCGGAAGGUCGCCCAGCUCGUCAACUUCGUCAUACAGGGGUCCUCCCGGGCCGUGCAGCUCGUCCUCAAAGUCCUCUUCUUCCAACACGUCGCCACCCUCGUCGCCCGCCCCCUCGUCCCUCCGCUAUGCAGGCCUGGCACCCGGUCAGGAUGGCGCCAUGAUGGCUCCUCGCGCUCGUGCGUGUCUUCUCCUCCGGCCCCGCCAGGGUCCUGCCCUGGGAUGUUCAUGUCGAGCCUGCGCCUCACAUCCUUGACAGCGCGGCAGGGCACGGUCAUCUUGCGGGGCGGCUGGUCUAUCGGGGAUGCCGUCUGGCCCCGCGCGCGCUUACCCUUGUCGAUGACGGCCUCUUGGGCGCCCCCC